AGACGACACCACCGCGGCGCCGGCGGAGACCGCCUGAUCGACGACGUAACUCCUUCCAGUCCCUCCGCCUUCUUCCUCCGAUCUCCAGAAUUUUGGCGACGAGACUAUUCCUAGAUCUCACUGAUUCACCCACGCACGCGAACUCCCCCUUCGCGUUUUCUGAUCCGCAGAUUUUUUCUCGAGGAAAUCGCAUUUAGAUCUCUCGGGGAAGGUUUCCGAACACACCAUACCACGCCGGAACCGACGAAUUUGUUGCUCUCCGUCGAUUCAAUUCUCCGGUAUAAUCUUCUUGAAGUAAAUCGUUUCUUUGAAAUUCAAAAUUAUGACCUUGAAUUAAUCACACAAGCAGAAGCAGUGAUCGGCUUGUUGGGGUGCAUUAGUGGCAGAGGUUUUCGGUUUUGUCAGCUUAUAUAUAGCCAGAAGAAACUUGUCAUUUAAUGAAAGCAAUGGGGACUGAAAACCCUGGUCAUCCAAAUUUUCCCGUGAGACCUUCUGCCACCCCUUUUGCUUCUGCUCCUCCACCUGUAACACCAUUCUCAUCAUCUGGCCCUGUAGCAUCAGAGGGCAACAGCUUUAGGGCUGCUCUACCAGCUGCUCCCCAGGGUAUGACACCAUAUUCAUCAUUCGGGUCUGCAGUUGGUCAAGAUGCUUCUGGUUAUAGGCCCAGUCCUCCUGCCCGGUUUAAUGAUCCAUCUGUGUCUUCUGUGCCCACAUCGUUUGUCCCACCUACUGGAGCAUCUUUCCAGCAGUUCCCUACACCACAGUUUCCCUCAACAGCACAAGCUCCCCCUGCUCGUGGACCUCCAGUAGGGCAACCUCCUCUUCAACCCCCUGCAUCACAAGUACCAUUCCGUCCACAAUCAUCUAUUCCUCCGGUAUCAAUGGGGUCUCCACCACCUAGUGUGAAUUUUCCAACUGGUGUAUAUCAGUCAGAUUCAUCAUUUCCAGGAGCCAGGCCUAACUUUCCGCCAUCUUUUCCUUCUGCGGGUUCCUCUUAUCCUGCUGCAAGAGCUACAUUGCAGCAGCCUAUGCCCGGAUAUGCAACUAAUCAGGCUGCAGUUCCACAAGCUUCCCCAGUGCCAUCUGCUUUUCCCACUCAACCAGGAAGUUAUAUGCCUCUGCCAACUUCUCUGUCCCCCUUUUCUGCUCAACAAGGAAGUUAUUUUCCUGCUCCACCAGCAGCAGCCCUCCAAUCUAGGGACCAAAUGCAACACCCAGGCUCUAUACCUCCUGUAGGUGGCAUUCAAAGUUUGAUGGAAGAUUUCAGCUCUCUUUUUCUUACCUCUAUGCCAGGGUCUAUUGAGCCAGGACUUGAUUCUAUGGUGCUACCUAGGCCGCUGGAUGGUGAUGUGGAGCCAAAGUCCUUUGUUGAGACUUUUCCUCUGAAUUGUAAUCCUCGAUAUCUACGGCUCACUACUACUGCCAUACCAAAUUCCCAGUCUUUGGUUUCAAGGUGGCAUUUGCCUCUUGGGGCGGUUGUUUGCCCCCUUGCUGAAGCUCCAGAAGGGGAGGAAGUUCCAGUAGUUAAUUUUGCUUCAAGUGGCAUUGUUCGUUGUAAAAGAUGCAGAACUUAUGUGAAUCCAUAUGUCACAUUCACAGAUGCUGGAAGAAAGUGGAGAUGCAACCUAUGUUCGUUGCUUAAUGAUGUUCCUGGUGAUUAUUAUGCCCAUUUGGAUGCCGCUGGCCAAAGAAUUGAUUUGGAUGAGCGACCUGAGCUUACAAAGGGUAGUGUGGAAUUUGUUGCUCCUACUGAAUAUAUGGUGCGGCCUCCAAUGCCCCCGCUAUACUUUUUUCUUAUUGAUGUUUCAGUAUCUGCAGUCAGAAGUGGUAUGAUUGAGGUUGUAGCCCAGACUAUCAAGUCGUGUUUGGAUCAGCUGCCUGGUUUCCCUAGGACACAGAUUGGCUUUAUUACAUAUGACAGCACAAUACAUUUUUAUAACAUGAAGUCAUCUCUGACGCAGCCUCAAAUGAUGGUGGUUUCGGAUCUGGAUGAUAUAUUUGUCCCAUUGCCAGAUGAUCUUCUUGUAAACUUGUCUGAAUCAAGAACUGUUGUCGAAACAUUCCUCGAUAGCUUGCCUUCCAUGUUUCAGGACAAUUUGAAUAUAGAAUCUGCUUUUGGUCCAUCACUGAAAGCAGCAUUCAUGGUUAUGAAUCAACUUGGAGGAAAAUUGCUAAUCUUUCAGAACACAUUGCCAUCUCUUGGUGUUGGCCGUUUAAGGCUGCGUGGAGAUGACUUUCGUCUGUAUGGGACAGAUAAAGAGCACGCAUUGAGAUUGCCAGAAGACCCCUUCUAUAAGCAAAUGGCUGCGGAUCUUACUAAGUACCAGAUAGGGGUUAACAUUUAUGCCUUUAGUGACAAAUACACUGAUAUAGCUUCCCUAGGAACCUUGGCAAAAUAUACUGGCGGUCAGGUAUAUUACUAUCCCAGUUUCCAGUCAGCAGUCCAUGGGGAGAAGUUGAGGCAUGAGUUAGCCAGAGAUCUGACAAGGGAAACUGCCUGGGAAGCUGUAAUGCGCAUAAGAUGUGGAAAAGGAGUUCGGUUUACAUCUUAUCAUGGCAACUUUAUGCUGAGGUCGACUGAUUUAUUGGCACUUCCGGCCGUAGAUUGUGAUAAAGCAUAUGCGGUGCAGUUAACACUUGAAGAGACACUGCUUACAACUCAGACUGUAUAUUUCCAAGUUGCUUUGCUAUACACCGCAUCUUGUGGGGAGAGACGUAUCAGAGUACACACUUUAGCUGCUCCUGUGGUUUCAGAUCUGGGAGAGAUGUACCGACAAGCCGACACUGGUGCCAUCGUUUCUUUGUUUUCUCGAUUAGCAAUUGAGAAAACUUUGGCCCAUAAGCUUGAAGAUGCAAGAAACUCUGUACAACAAAGGAUUGUAAAAGCACUGAGAGAGUACCGCAAUCUUUAUGCUGUGCAGCAUCGUUUGGGAGCUCGAAUGAUUUAUCCUGAUUCUUUGAAGUUCUUGCCUUUGUAUGGAUUAUCACUUUGUAAAUCAAUACCUCUAAGAGGGGGGUAUGCUGAUGCUCAGCUUGAUGAACGCUGUGCAGCAGGUUUCACCAUGAUGGCUUUACCCGUUAAAAAGUUAUUGAAACUCUUAUAUCCUAGCUUGAUUCGAGUUGACGAGUAUCUUUUGAAGCCAUCUUCCCAAGUCGAUUUUGAAAACAUUAUGAAGAGAUUAACACUGAUUGGAGAGAGCUUAGAUUCAAGAGGCCUUUAUAUAUAUGAUGAUGGUUUUCGCUUCAUCCUAUGGUUUGGUAGAAUGCUGUCACCUGAUAUAUCUAGGAAUUUACUUGGAACAGACUUUGCUGCAGAAUUAUCAAAGGUUAUCCUUAGUGAGCAUGAUAAUGAAAUGUCAAGAAGGCUAAUGGGGAUACUGAAGAAAUUAAGAGAGAGUGACCCUUCUUAUUAUCUACUUCCUUGUCUUGUCAGACAAGGUGAACAGCCCAGAGAAGGGUUGCUGCUUCUUGCAAAUCUUGUUGAGGAUCCGAUUGGGGGUACCAAUGGUUAUCUUGACUGGAUUUUGCAAAUACACCGGCAAGUCCAGCAAAUUGCAUGAAAUACAGGAAAUGUUGAUUGUUAUUUGUAUCCCAACGACAUCUUCAUUUCUUAGGGGGUUUAUCAAUUGCAAGUUUAUGUCCCAUCCGUGAAGUGAGUCAAACGACAACUAAUCUUCACUCAACUGGUGGAUUCCUGCAAAGCCUCGGUGUCAAGUUCGAUGAUGGGGGAACUCUUUCAGGCAACUAUUUAUUUGUUCAUUACGUGAUACAAUAACUGAGGAAGAUAGUUUACUCAAGAGAGCACUCAGCUGAUGUUUCCCAAGACACAAAUUUUUGUAUGAGACCAAUUGAUUUGAGCCAUUUUUGUGUCAUAGUUUUUCUUUGUUGUUUAAAACCUUGGGGAUCAUUUUGUUUAGGGAGGGGUGAGUGAUUGUUAAAGUCAUAUAUGCUCAAUGUGGAAUAUGAUUCUGAUUUUUUAAGCUGUUAUAUUUAACAUUUUAUAUGCUACGUACCUUAUGCUAAAAUAAAAGGUCAAUAGGAGUAGAGUAGGAUAUUAGGAAAUUAAGAUAUUUUGCAAUUAAAAUUGAACAUUUUUA